GCUGAUACAGACAUGUGUCAUGGCUGCUCCCACAGCUCGGUGAGAGUAUGAUUGAAGCAGACCUGAUCCUUGUAUACUGUGAAGCUCACCGAGUUGUAUGCUAUUAAAUCUGCACUAUUCAUUUUGCUAUUAAGUUCCCUUCUCGUGUUUUGAAGGACGAGAGAAGCUAUGUUAGACAGUGAACCUCUGAAAGAAUCCAUUACAGUGUGAAUGAAACAGUUGGCUUAAAUGUGGAGCUAACGUAGAACAUAUUUUGGAAGGAAGAUGGCUGUUAGCCUGAAGGAAGUUGGAAUUUUGUUUUGCGUUGUUUUCAUUUGCUAUUGGAACAGUUUGUAUUGCGGCUUUGUUUUUGAUGAUGUGUCGGCAAUUCUGGACAAUAAAGAUUUACACCCAUCGACGCCAAUAAAAAAACUUUUUCAGAAUGACUUCUGGGGGACACCAAUGUCUGAGGAGAGGAGCCAUAAAUCCUACCGUCCCCUGACUGUCCUUACAUUUCGUUUGAAUUACCUGUUCAGUGAGUUGAAUGCUGUCUCCUAUCACUUCCUGAACACGCUCCUUCAUGCUGUGGUUUGUGUAAUUUUCCUCAAAGUCUGCAAACUUUUCCUGGAUGGAAGGAGCAGUCUUAUUGCUGCAUUGCUGUUUGCUGUACAUCCAAUUCAUACUGAAGCAGUUACAGGGGUGGUUGGAAGAGCUGAACUUCUUUCCUCUAUAUUCCUAUUAGCUGCCUUCCUUUCCUAUACCAAAUCUAAGGGACCAGACAAUUCUAUAGUUUGGAUACCAAUUGCUGUUGCAGUAGUUCUAGUUGCUGUUGCAACCCUGUGCAAAGAGCAGGGAAUUACCGUGGUCGGGAUAUGUUGUGUCUACGAAGUAUUCAUUGCUCAAGGGUACACUCUGCCUUUGCUGUGGGACAUAAUUAGAGAGAUCAUGGUAGGGAAAGGUAGCAUUCCUUACUCUAUGCUCCAGACCUUGCUGAAGCUUAUAGUGUUGAUGUUUAGCACUCUUCUCCUGGUUGUAGUUCGUGUUCAGGUUAUCCAGUCUCAGCUUCCAGUCUUUACCAGGUUUGAUAACCCGGCAGCUGUCAGCUCAACACCAGCAAGACAGUUGACCUUUAAUUACCUUCUCCCUGUAAAUGCUUGGCUUCUGCUCAAUCCAUCUGAACUCUGCUGUGAUUGGACUAUGGGGACUAUUCCGUUGGUGGAAUCAAUUCUAGAUGUGCGGAACUUGGCGACCCUUGUCUUCUUUGGUCUUCUGGGAUAUUUGGUGAUGUUUAGUAUCAGAUAUUCAGGAGAUUCUUCCAAAACUGUGCUAAUGUCUUUGUGCCUGAUCAUAUUGCCUUUCAUACCUGCCUCAAACCUCUUUUUCCCGGUUGGAUUUGUGGUUGCAGAGAGAGUAUUGUAUGUCCCAAGCAUGGGAUUCUGUAUGCUUGUCGCACAUGGUUGGAAGAAAUUAUCAAGCAGAAGCAAAUUGAGAAAGUUAUCUUGGAUAUUUUUGGCUCUUGUGCUGUUCACCCAUGCCACGAAAACGUUCAACAGGAACUGGGAUUGGGAAUCUGAAUACACUCUGUUUAUGUCUGCUUUAAAGGUUAACAAAAAUAAUGCAAAACUUUGGAAUAAUGUGGGUCAUGCUCUGGAGAAUGGGAAGAAUUAUGGCAAAGCACUAAGAUUUUUCAAGCAGGCGACACAAGUGCAGCCCGAUGAUAUUGGGGCCCACAUGAAUGUUGGCAGAACAUAUAAAAAUUUGAACAAAAGCAAAGAAGCAGAGGAUUCAUAUUUGGUUGCAAAAUCACUUAUGCCACAGGUUAUACCAGGGAAGAAGUAUGCAGCACGCGUGGCCCCUAAUCAUCUUAAUGUCUACAUUAACCUUGCAAAUCUUAUCCGUACAAAUGAGUCUCGGCUCGAGGAAGCAGAUCAGUUAUACAGACAAGCUAUAAGCAUGCGGCCGGAUUUUAAACAAGCUUAUAUUAGCAGGGGUGAGCUACUUUUAAAAAUGAACAAGCCUUUGGAAGCUAAAGAAGCGUACAUGAAAGCACUGGAGCUAGAUGGAAUGAAUGCAGACUUAUGGUACAACCUCGCAAUUGUUUAUAUUGAAUUGAAAGAUCCCAAUGAGGCACUCAGAAACUUUAAUCAAGCACUUGAAUUAAAUCACAAGCAUAAGCUGGCAUUGUUCAAUUCUGCCUUACUAAUGCAGGAAUCAGGUAACGUCCGACUAAGGCCAGAAGCAAAGAAAAGGCUCUUGAGUUACAUUGAAGAAGAACCACAUGAUGCAAAUGGAUAUUUUAAUUUGGGUAUGCUAGCCAUGGAUGAAAAAAAUGAUUUUGAAUCUGAAACCUGGAUGAAAAAAGCUAUACAGUUACAGUCAGGCUUCCGAAGUGCCCUCUUCAAUUUAGCUUUACUUUAUUCUCAGACCGGAAGGGAAUUAGAAGCUCUACCUGUGCUGGAUGAGUUACUGCGCUACUAUCCAGAUCACACUAAAGGACUUAUACUAAAGGGGGAUAUUCUUAUGAACCAAAAGAAAGACAUUAAAGGAGCUAAGAAGUGCUUUGAAAAGAUUCUUGAAAUGGAUCCCAACAAUGUUCAAGGGAAACAUAAUCUCUGCGUGGUUUAUUUUGAGGAGAGAGAUUUACUGAAGGCUGAAAGGUGCCUUGUUGAGACCUUGGCUUUAGCCCCACACGAGGAGUAUAUUCAGCGGCACCUCAACAUAGUACGCAGUAAAAUAAUGUCACUAAAUGCUGCAGGACAACCCGUCCUUCCAACUACCAGCACAUCUACGAUUUCCGAAGAACAUAGAAAAGAAAAUGACAACGUUGAAAAAAAAAAAACUCCGUCGGAAAAACUGAACGAAGAAAAAGAUAUACCAAAAACUAGCACACCAACAAAAAGAAAAAACAAAGGACAAGCAAAAUCAAAAAAUCAACAAAAGAAAGACAGGGACAAAGAAACCAAGAAGUCAACAAAAGAAAUUAAAGACAUUGAAAAUAAAAGAGUUGCAGCAUUAAAACGGUUAGAAGAAAUUGAGCGUAUAUUAGGUGGAGAAUGAUCUAUAGAAGACAAAUCAAUUUAGACUUGUAUUGUUAUACCCACUGAUGGUGCUGCACACAGUCGUUUAAAACAUGAAAUGAACGUGGGUGUGAUUAAUCACGAUAAAUGACUAUUAAAUGAACAGUGAACACUUUACCUACUCUGAGAGUGUUAUUUUAUACUGAUGAUCAUGAAUUCACAGUGGUUUUUCUUUUAUUUUAAAUGUAAUAACCGGGUUCAUUUUUUUGCCCUCAUUGAUGUCGCCCAUGAGACUGUUAGCCGAUGGAAACUUACUUGGCCACUAAGCUAAACAAAACGUUUUGUUUUCUACACUACACGUGCAAAGGGUUUGAUCAAUCUUUUAUACCAUAAAAGUACUCCUCUGGUUAUACCAUGUGAAAUUUUGGUUUAGUAAUGCAUUUUCAGAAGGUUUUAGUAAAUAAUGAAACGGCUCCAUUGCAUGAAUAAAAAUAUCAGUGACCUUCUCUUAAUCCUUUCGUUUAUGGAUGACUUAUUCAUUGUCAUUGCACUGUACAGAGGCUUUAAAUGUCACCUUUUGUGUUGAUGAUAGAGUUUUGGAAACCUACACAAAUCUGAGAUUGUGUUCCCAAUAUUAGAAUCAGUCUAUUCUUUUAUUUGUCCUUUACGUUUGCUUAUAUAAUUUAGUAUUUUGCCUUUGAAUAUUAAAAAACAAAAAUGGAAAAAUACUAAACUAUAAAAAAAUAAAAUAUAUCGAAUAUAUUUUUCCCCACCCUUAUAUUGUGCAAUCUUCUGUAAUAAUUAUUCCUGUGUGUUUGUGUACGAGUGACCAUGAAAGGUAGCAUGCUCCAGUCUUUUGGAUGAAUUAAACAUAUAGUUGCGUUUCAGCCCAUAUCUUAUGCAUAUAUAUGUGUUUUCUUUGAACAAUUGUUUAAAUUUGCCCACCAGAUAUUCUGCUCUUGCAUUUGCAAUAUGUUCUCCCCACAAACAGGCUUAAAUAAUAAACUGUUGUAAUGUAUAGUUUAAUCCUGUUUUUUUCACAUCUGCAUGUAAUUCAAAUAGCCAUUCUGCAUCUUGUUUACCAGUAAGCAAGCUGACUGAACAAAAAGUUAAGACAAAACUCAAAAGUGUAUUAGUGUGUAACUUUAUUGUCGACUACAAAGCUGAAUAUUUUUUUUACUUUGUAUGGUAAAUAUUGUAUUUUUACUUAAUUGUAUUGUGUUUAUUGCAUGUGUAAUUGUUGUAAUUUGUUUAAUUUUAUUUUAUAUAACACUAAUAAUAUUUUUAUUUGUAUUUUGUGUGCAGACUACAUAGAUAUAAGCCUACCAAAAAAGUGCCUAAUUGUUUGCACUGAAUAUAUUUAUCCAACAUACUCCAGUUCUCAGGACAAUGUUAAAUCUAUAACACCUUCGAAAAAGCUUAAAAGUAAUUAAAAUUAAUUUUUAAAUAUAAAUUGGGUGAUUAACAUGUCUAAUCUUUAGCCACUUUUCUCCCCAAAUUUGACACUAAGUUUUGAUUAGAAUAAGACUUUGCAUUGCCAAAAUGUAAACCUCUAUAUGCUGUCAGUUUAUAUUGAUCUCCUUUUUUGGGGCUUUUCGUGUUUUGUUCAUGUUUCCCUGUGUCAGAGCAGAUUUUAGAAUAGUUUAUUGUAGUUAAAACUAAACAUAAUAUGCAGUGAAUAAAGAAUGUCGUCCUGAAUAAAGGCAUUGCACAUUUUAGGUAAAAAUGGGGUGUAAAAAAAAAAAUGACUUGAAUUAGACAAACUGUUGGGGGAGAGGGGAGAAGGAAGAGUCUUUUAAUUUCUCUUUUUGUUUUUUAUUUUGGACUAAAAUUUGCAACUCCUUCUGUCAGUACUCCUCAAUUACCAAUUUAGUUAAACAUUGUGUAAAUUACAUACUGUUUUGUUUUCCCAUUCGGUAGAAAAGAUAUUUCCCUCCCUACUCUUCUACAUCAGCGACACAUUUCAAUAGUAUUGUCAACAUACUUGUGAAUAAACUCCUAACUUUAUUUUUACCCUGA